AUGAGAGUCAGAAAACGUCAAUCUAGAAGAACAUCAACCAAAUUGAAGGAAGGUAUCAAGAAGAAGGCUUCUGCCCAUAGAAAAAAGGAAAAGAAGAUGGCAAAGAAGGAUGUUACUUGGAAAUCAAGAGCUAAGAAAGAUCCUGGUAUUCCUUCUAACUUUCCAUAUAAGGCUAGGAUCUUGGAAGAAAUAGAAGCCAAGAAAAUGAAGGAUUUGGAAGAAAGAGAGCUUGCCAAACAACAACGGUUGGAGGCCCGGAAAACUGCCAGGGAACAAGGCAUUGACGCAAUGGAUGAAGAUGUUGUGGAUGAAGAUGACAAGGGAUUAGCGGCUUUGGUCGAAUCUGCUCAGCGAGCAGCUGCUGAAUAUGAAGGAACCUCCGCUGACGACGCAGAUGCUGGUGCCGAUGAUUUAGAUGUCAUUGACUAUAAUAUUGAUUUCUACGGUGAAGAUUUGGAAGGGGAAUCGGAGCUAGAAAAAUCAAGAAAGGCUUAUGAUAAGAUUUUCAAGUCUGUUAUUGACGCUUCCGAUGUUAUUCUUUAUGUCUUGGACGCUAGAGAUCCAGAAGGUACAAGAUCAAGAAAAGUGGAAGAAGCUAUCUUACAAAGUCAGGGUAAAAGACUAAUCUUAAUUUUGAACAAAGUUGACUUAAUUCCUCCACACGUACUAGAACAAUGGUUAAAUUACUUGAAGUCUAGUUUUCCUACAAUCCCAUUAAGAGCCGCUUCCGGUGCAGUUAACGGAACUUCCUUCAACAGAAAGUUAAGCCAAACUACUACUGCAAGCGCACUGCUAGAUUCUUUAAAAACCUACUCUAACAACAGUAACUUGAAAAGAUCAAUUGUAGUAGGAGUUAUUGGUUAUCCAAAUGUUGGUAAAUCGUCCGUUAUUAAUGCACUUUUAGCUCGCCGUGGUGGCCAAUCUAAGGCUUGCCCAGUUGGUAACGAAGCAGGUGUUACUACGUCAUUAAGGGAAAUCAAAGUCGACAAUAAGUUGAAGAUUCUGGACUCUCCUGGUAUAUGUUUCCCAGGUGAAAAUAAGAAAAGAUCAAAGGUCGAACAUGAAGCUGAAUUGGCUCUUUUAAACGCUCUACCGGCAAAACACAUUGUUGAUCCAUAUCCAGCUGUUUUGAUGUUAGUAAAGAGAUUAGCUAAAUCUGAUGAAAUGACAGAAAGUUUCAAAAAGCUAUACGAAAUUCCUCCUAUUCCUGCCAAUGAUGCUGAUACGUUCACAAAGCACUUUCUAAUCCACGUCGCCCGUAAAAGAGGUAGAUUAGGAAAAGGUGGUAUUCCAAACCUUGCUAGUGCUGGUCUUUCUGUCUUAAAUGACUGGAGGGAUGGCAAGAUUCUCGGUUGGGUUUUACCAAAUACAUCAGUAGUUGCAUCUGAACAGGGUAAACAAAAUUCCAGUACCAUUAGCACUGGUAGUAAACAAGCCCCAAUUACCACAAAUGAAUCCACUAUUGUAUCCGAAUGGUCCAAAGAAUUUGAUUUGGAUGGGUUGUUCAGCUCUCUUAAUAAGGUCAUAGAUGCUAGCAAAGAUGAAGAUGCAAUGAUUGAGUGA